UGUUUCGUCAAUAAGCUAAGCACUGAGCUAAUGACGAUUACUUAUUUCUUUAAGUUGUGUACCAUUUUCAAUUUGUAAAUUUCCCUUAUUUUUGUUUAUGUUGGUAUGUUACGGGAUAACUUAUUUCAUAACAUGUUUAAUGAAACUCAACCGGAACUAAUACUAUUAAGAUAGCUGCAGCAAUGUGUCACAUGUGAAAUGGUUCUGACAGGGAAAGGACAUUAAUUGUGAUGCUUACACAGAUGAUACAUAGCGUUUUUUAAACGGAUAUUCUGAUAGUGUCGAUAAUGGCUCGAGUUGUGAAAGUGUUUGUAACUCUGCGGAAUCAUUGGAAGAAGUCCACAGUCGCUGCGUGUGCCCUAUCAUACGGGCACUGGCUGUAUGGUAAACACUGUGAUAAUCUGCUGCGAAGAGAUGCUUGUCUGGCGACCAGGGAAUUUGGACAUCAACAGAUAUCACCCCAGGAGCAGCUGAAGAAAGCCACAGUCAUCCUAAACCCAGCAGCUUGUAGUGGGAAAGCCAAAAACUUAUUUGAGAAGAAUGCUGUGCCUAUAUUACACCUGGCUGGUAUGGAAGUAACACUAGUAAAGACAGACUAUGAGGGCCAAGCAAAGAAAUUGAUGGAGCUGAUGGAGCAAACAGACAUGCUGAUUGUGGCUGGAGGGGAUGGCACUCUGCAGGAGGUUAUCACUGGCUUGCUGCGGAGGGCUGAUCACGAGUCGUUCAGUAAAACCCCCAUAGGAUUUAUCCCACUGGGCUCCCACAAUUCCCUGAGUGAGAGUCUGCACAUCCUCAGUGACAAUCAGGUGAAACACAUCACAUCAGCGACAUUGUCUAUCCUGCAUGGAGAAACGGUACCUCUGGAUGUGCUGCAAAUCAAGGGAGAGAAAGAACAGCCAGUGUUUGCCCUGAUUGGUCUACGGUGGGGGGCCUUCAGAGAUGUGGCUUCCACCAUCAAAAAAUAUUGGUACCUUGGCCCGUUGAAGAUAAAAGCAGCUCAUUGGUUCAGUACAUUACGGGAAUGGCCCCAGGUCCACGAGGCCUCUGUGUCCUACAUAGCCCCGACCCUUCGCCCUCCUGACCUGCCGGAACAAAAGCCCCAGCGCCCCAACCUAAUGUACCGCAUUGCCCGCAGACUGAAAAAUUACUGGUACCCACCUAUUCCAGCGUCUCCCAAAGUGGAGGAGCAAGAGAGGUGGGAUGAGAGAACGCUGUCUACUUUGGAGCUGUCAAUACAAACUCAGAACAAAAACCCUGUCCAGACGGAAGGUGCUGGCUUCUACAACAUCGACAACGAGAAGUAUGAGGCUAUGUCGGUGGAGGUGAGGCUGUUGCCACGGAAACUGCGCUUCUGCAGCGCUGAACGCAGAGCGCAGCUCCUGCUGCAGUGACAACAAUAUGCAGGACACAGAGAAAUAGGGAGGAGGGUCAAGGCAAGAGGUCAUUAGUGUCUGUACUGGGACUCUACCUCUACUGUAUCUGGGUGUGUUUUUCUUUAUGUCUGGAGUAUGUCCUUAAACAUCCAUAACACACAGCUGAACCAGGGUGGACCAGUCUACAGUGAGGUCUCAUUGUUACAGUACAUUGACAUGUUCAGUUGAAAUAUUUUCACAAUUAUGGAAGAUGACAAUAUGAUGAAGUAACAAGAACCAAGCAUUUUGGUUGCUAUGUCCAAACCAAUUAGUUUAUAGAAGUCUGCCCGGCAGGACUAUUGGUGUAACUGACUGAUUUACUAUUGUAUAUUGUCAUGUGUAUUGCUAAAUGUGUAAUGAGUCUUAUUCAAUAAUUCUGUUAUGAUGCACACAGUUCUGUCACUUUUUAAUACCAAUGAAAAGUGCAGACUUUGUCCUCCAUGUACAGUACUCUAUGAUAAGAUACAUUGGUAUGAGAAUCACUCUCCCUUGGCAACACUAUCACAAAUACAAUCCAACAAGUAUCAGAGAAAACCAAUGUUUUAUUGUUUUACAGUGGCAGUACUGUGUAAUGUCACCAGCUUGAAAACAAGAGUGGCUCAGGCGAUCAAGUUACUAAAUGUGUAUUCAUCACUAAAGCCUCUUUCCAUGUUUUAUAGUAGUACAGGUUCUGGAUGUAGCUGUGUAGUUAACCAAUGUUUUAAGUGUAGGUUUACAUUACAGUUGCUGUGAUCAAGGAUUAACAGUUAGCUAUAUGAGUUGUUAAAGUACUUGAAGCAUAUUAGUGCUGAAGUAAUACAGAUUAAGCUUUCUAUUGACAUUCAGUGGGGUGACAUACUGUACAAAUAUAUUCAAAUGAGCCAAUGCUGGUACAGGUCUGAACAAUUUCCACAAAGAAGGCAUUUGAUACAUUUA